AUGGGCUCCGUACCUGGAAACGCACCCGCUCGGGAGAAUCUUGAGCGCACCCACAUCCUACACGACAUCCUCGACAACGUUGACCGCUACUCCGAUAAGUAUGACAAGGUCGAUUACGAUGCGCUUAAGCGAGACGUCCUGAAGCCAGUUCUUCACGAUGACUUCGAUCCCGAAGUGCAGAUCCGAGGCUUCCUGAGAGCCUUUCGACACACUCCCGCUUUCCGGGCCGCAUUCGAGAACAUCAGAAGCCCUGAACUCCAAAACCAGGUCAAUGCUUUCAUCCGUGGCAGCUCUGCAAAAGAGGCCGUCGGCAAAGAGGGCUUCCGGCUAUCGUCGCACCCGAGCCCAGGCGUCAAGCACCAUUUCUCGUUGAUAGAUGAGCUGCAGAAGCUUGUGCUUGGGGCUAUUGAGUUGAAAGAGGCGGUAGAGGAUGUUUUCCACCCCAAGCACGUCUACGUCAAGGCUUUGCCUUUGAUCUACGAGGAUGCGGCCAGUAUGAAGGCCAUGGAGGUCUACUGCGAUGUGCCGUUCGAAAACUGGGGCCAAUCGGUUCACAACACGCCCAAACUUACGUGCCUCCCGACCACGGUUAGGGGCGUUCAAAACAUUGUUCAGUAUGCUUCCGAGAACAAUCUCCGUAUCCGGUGCGCUGGCUAUCGUCACAGCUGGAGCUCGGUCUUCUCCCAAGAUAACGAAAUCUUUAUCUCUUUCGUCAACCUGGAGCAGGUCACUACCAUCCCUGACCCCAUGAGUCUUCUCCCUGGCGAAUACAACCCCGCGACUGUUACCGAGCUGAAGACCAUCGAAUUGCAGGAGAAAACAGCGCCAGGGAAGAGACUUUGCAGAAUUGGCGCUGCCGUAACCAACGAGGAGUUCCGGCGCUGGGCGGUUGCGAAUGACUCCUGGUCUUUGCCGGUUGACGUAAUCCUAGUUGAGGUUACGAUUGGUGGUGUCAACGCACCUAUCUGCCACGGUGGCGGACGACCUCACAAAACCGUUUCCGACUAUGUCCGGCGUAUUGAGUAUGUGGAUUGUAACGGAGCGCUUCGCCUCAUCGACGAUCCAUAUCUCAUUAAAGCAGCAGCUGGCGCAUUCGGCCUCCUUGGCGUCGUCACCCACAUUACCUUCGAGCUGGACGCCAUGAGCUAUGCCGUGAUGGAGCCUAGGAAGGUCGACAUCGGACUUGCUAUCCCUCCACUGACGAAAGAGGAGAUCCCAAAGGCUCUUCGCGAGGACUGGUUCUACGGCCCAAAAGCCGCUCAGAAGCUCGCCGCAGCCAAGGCAGACUUCGAGAAGCGUGCCGCUGACGAUUUCUAUAGCGAGUGGUUCUGGUUCACGUACCAGCGCAAGGCCUGGGUGAACACCUGGAACACUACGUCAGAUCCUGCAGGCGCAAAGGACUAUCCCGAUGAAGCGAGAGUCUUCUUGCAAUGGGUCGAGGGCUGGAUUGGUGGUGUUCUCACGUCGCACCCCUUCUUCAACGCUAUCCCCGGAUACUGGCAAGCUCAGCUACUGGCUACAAUGGGCAUGGCUGCUCUUCCGCCCACACUCGGCGAAAAGGAGACUCCAAUCAUCAAGACUCAGCUCCCCAAUGCGCUGCACUUCCGUCGCGGCAUCCAGAACAUGCGCGUCAGAGACAUGGAGUUCCAGAUCCCGCUCCAACCGCGCAGAGACGACCCAACCAAGCCCGACUUCUGGAUCGUACAAAAGGCAUGGUGGGACGCCAUCAAUCUUGUGUACGACUACGCGGACGCAAGUGGCGACCCCUCCUCUCCGAUGAGGCUGACGCUCGAGCUGCGCAUCAUGGGCGGUAGCGACAUGCUCAUGGCACCGCAGAAGGGCAACGACCUCGGCACCGCCAGUAUCGAGGUCUUGAGCAUUCCUGACGCUGUCGCUGAUGAUGAGUGGAGAGAGUUCAUCCAGAAGGUCUCGGAUUUGUGGACCUCGUAUGGUGAUCAUAUCAAUGUUCGACCGCAUUGGGCGAAGGAGUGGGAGGGAUUGCAGUUCAAGGGGAGGGAUGCUAGGGAUCACCUCAGGGACGUGGCGUAUCCGGAACAGAUUGUGGAAUUCAAGGAGGCCUUGGGGGAGAUCGGACGGAUGCAGGGAUGGUCGUUGGAGCAGUUGCAGAACAGGUUUUCUAACGAGCUAUGGGAUAAGAUUGUUUAUGGGAUGUAG